AAGGGAUGGAAAGACACAUUAAAGGUAUGGAGACAAUAAAAGAUGCCAGCAAGGUGGUCUACCUGAACCAAAAAUAUUUGUUGUCUGUUAAAUUCCUCCUACUUAUUUUUUGUCCUACGAAAUAGAAUUUAGAGAGCAUGUGUUUGUAGCCAACAUUUGAACCUCCAAAUAUGACCAGGUUACGUUAUUAGGGUGGGACAUCAAUGUACGUCAAUCAUUUUUUGUUAAGCCAACUUCAAGUUUUAUAAAUGUUACUUUAAAAAGACAAUAUCGAGAGCAUCACACAACAGCAUAGAAAAUGACCACGGUCUCUGUUUGAGGUUGUGAUAAAGGCCCAACUGAGUUUAUCACAGUAUGAAGAACGACUGCUGGAACAAACCUAGGCGCUUUAACUAAGGAUAGGUUCUAUAAAGGGUUUAGGUCAAAAAAUGUUAAAAUCGACAAACAAAAAGCCAAAGCAAUCAGCCUUUCGAUAGGACGGCUGAAAAUAAUACAGCAGUGUCAUUUACAUUUUUUCCCCCUCACAGAUGUAUUUGCUCGGAAAUCACAGGGUAGAAAGGAAGCGAUUAGUUUUUAUACCAAGAAUGUUGUUUGACAUUUUACUUGUGAAAGGUGGUACUGAUAACACAGCACUAGCUAGACCUCACACUAACUCAGAGAUUACUCAGUGCCACAAGAUAUUAAUUUGCCUUACGUGGUAUGCUGGAGUAAACAAGUGUUUAUACAAGCGAUUAAUACGAAUAAAAAUUACAAAAGUGCGGCCAAAGUGUGCACCUAUGAUUUCCUAACACUGUCUGAAGUCAAACGCAUCCAAUGAAAGUUGUUUAUGGAGUGGGUAGACGGGCUAAGAUAUUUGGUGGGAGGAAUAUUACUGGCUAAUAAGACUCCUUUGUCAUUUUCUGAUUACUGUAAAAACUAUGGGUUAUUCAUAGCCCCCCCAAUGCUUUAAAUUACUUUGCAGAAAACACAUUUACCAUAGUGAAGCAGAGAGAACUGAAGGAAACAAGUUUGAAUUUAAACAUAUUAAAAAGAAAUUGGGAAUGAGGACAAAAUGGCAAAGCAGUUGUGAACAUGUACCCCCUCCACACUAAGAGUUUUUCUUCCAAUACACCAGUACCAUACCCCCUACCAGCACCCACUUUAAAAAGAAGAGAGACCAGAAAGUGACAAAUAUAAACAGUGGGGCGGCUGCAUUGUAGGAAAUUACCUCCCAGAACCACUGGCAUGUCUCCAGCACAAAGACAUUCAUCUGUUUUCUACAGAGUCUGACUCACAGAUACGACAGAGGAGGGAGGAGAAUAAGAGGGAGAGAGGUAGAGAGAGCAAAAAAGAAAAGAGGCAGAGUGUGAGUAAAUCGGUGAAGAAGCAGCAGAGACCGGGGGGAAAAAAGAAAGGCAGACGACUAGCACCGUCUGAAAGUUUUAAACCUGUGAUCACGGUAGGUGAUGCACAGCAAAUCUGGGGGUUCCACCAGCUUGUGGAAGCCAAACAAAUUCCAAACCAUGGACUGCUUCAGGGAGAGACAGAUUUAGGCUGUGCUGCAGAGGGAGGGUAUUCUGUGCCACGUUUUUAUUUGAUGAGGACGGAAAUGUCAUGCUAAAAAAAGAAUGUUCAAAAGGCUUUGGAGCGAAGUGAAAGAAAUGGACCAGGUGUUGGAUUAACCUAUUCAUCGGCUCUGAAGGCUGCUUUAUGUUUCAAGAUCUGAAACAUCAAGAAGAAAGGAAUUUUAGCUGCAAGUGCAGACAAGAAAUGACACGCCCUGUGUACCAAUCCAAAGGUGUCCAACACUCCCCUUUCUGCCUUUGGCUGUAGGACCUAGUGACCAUGCUGACCGAGUGUCCAACACCAGAAAGAUCAGAGCUCCGUCACACGCUCAGGCCAGCUGUAACCUGUGCAGCAUCAUGGCUCAGGCUGUCACAGAUCCUCUCACUACCAACAGUUCAUGGUCAAGAGAAGAAUCUGGGAUUCAGCUAAAAUGGGCAGCUGUGCUCAUUGUUAUGGUCAUCAUCCCCACUAUCGGUGGCAACAUCUUGGUCAUUCUCGCCGUGUCCCUCGAGAGAAAGCUGCAGAACGCCACCAACUAUUUCCUGAUGUCACUUGCUGUUGCCGAUCUGCUGGUGGGACUCCUGGUGAUGCCCAUUGCCUUUGUUACUGUUCUCUACAACUCUGGCUGGCCUCUUCCAGAGUUCCUCUGCCCCAUUUGGCUUUUCCUUGAUGUGCUGUUUUCUACUGCGUCCAUCAUGCACCUAUGCGCCAUUUCACUUGAUCGCUACGUUGCCAUUAAGAAGCCAAUCCAGCACAGCCAAUAUAAAUCAAGGGCCAAAGCGAUGUUGAAGAUUGCACUGGUGUGGCUCAUAUCCAUUUGUAUUGCCAUUCCUAUUCCAAUAAAGGGGCUAAAGAACUACCCGCUACCAAACAACAUCACCUUCAACAGUAACCACACCUGCCUGCUGAAAACAGACACCUUCAGGGAGUUUAUCAUGUUUGGCUCCUUGUCAGCAUUCUUCAUUCCUUUGACCAUCAUGAUGGUGAUCUACCUGCUUACGGUCCAGGUUCUGCGCAAAAAGGUUUAUUUGCUAAAGUCAAGGGCGUCUCAGCGUUUCAGCCAACCGACCAUAUCCACCAUUUUUCAGAACGAACAGGUUGCGACCUCGCCGCAAACAGAAGAAUUCAAUACUGCAGAGAGACGACUUUCUAGGACACACGAGAAAUCCAAUACAAUCACAACAAACUCUCCAACAGGAGAGGAAAAUAGCUUUCGCCGAAUGUCAUCAAUGGGAAAAAAGUCAAUGCAGACUCUGAGCAAUGAGCAGCGGGCCUCAAAAGUGCUGGGGAUUGUCUUUCUUCUGUUUGUGGUCAUGUGGUGUCCUUUCUUCAUCACUAACAUCACCUCUGUUCUAUGCACCACCUGUGAUGCAGACGUCAUCGGCCGCCUAAUGGAGAUUUUUGUCUGGGUGGGUUAUGUGUCGUCAGGUGUCAACCCUCUGGUCUAUACUCUGUUCAACAAAACCUUUAGGGAGGCAUUUACACGUUAUAUAACUUGCAAUUACAAAACCUACUCAAGUCAGGGUGCAGGAAGGCUGCCCAGGACAUCGAACACAGAAUGGACCUUUGCAAGGAUUUCAUUCAGGUCUUCCAUGGCAAAAAACUCGAAGCUAUUUAUGAAAAAGGGAGUAAAAAACGGCAACGGAGUAGUGGGCUACCAGAGUCCACUCAGAGAACCUCAAGCCAACGUGCAGCCACCUCAUGGUGUUGUGUUGGAUGCAGCACUUCUGACUGACACUGAGGUUGUUAAGUUCCGGGAGCAUGUGACCUGUGUAUAAAACUGAAACUAUAAAAAGCAUCGGAAAGUUGCACUCAAUGCAGGAGCAAGUACUGUAGACAAUUGCUGAGCCUGAGAGGCUACUGUGUAUGUCAUCAAAUCAUGGGCACAGAUUUCACUGUACUCAGCACAGCAACACAGUUAAGCCGCUGAUGGUUGUCUACGUACAGGCACAACUGUUCAGCAUGUGAAGACAUUGAUAAUGAGUUCUUAUUCGAGAUCUCGAAAAAAAGAAGCAAAAAAAAAAAA